CAAAACGAUAAUCAUGUGCACGUUUAAAUUUAGACAACAAAUGAUUUGAAGUAAGUCGAGCAAAUAACGAGCAAAAUGUGUGGCAUUUGCUGUCGGCUUCGGCGGAUUAAAAACGAUACAGAAAUUUCGUCGAUUCAGAUUGAUGAUUUAACCAAGGUGUUGCUUACCAAUCGUGGCCCAAAUUCUCACACCGAACUAUCCCUUCAAACAGAUGGAUUCAAUAUCCAGUUCUCAGGUUUUGUUUUGUGGCAACAAGGUGUUAAACUAUGCACACAACCACAUCAACGCAAGCAUCAUGUUGUUUUGAUCAAUGGAGACAUAUUUACAAAGCGAGAUGAUAGCACGCUGAGCGACACUGAAUGGCUGACUCAACGGAUUUAUGAAUGUAAUGAUGAUGAGGCUGAGCUUCUUGAAAUGUUCCGGAAUCUCGAAGGACCAUACAGCAUUAUUUACUACAAUCAAAAUGCAAAUAAACUGUAUUUUCUGCGUGACAUUCUUGGCAGACAGUCACUGUUGUUGGCCAAAAGUCCUGAAGGCGAUACAAUUAUAUCGAGCGUUUUGGGAGCUUCAAGGCGUCUCUAUUCAGAAUGUGUUGAACUUCCACCUCUCGGCGUUUUUUGUAUAAAUUUAGUAACAGAGGAGAUUCGACUCGAUCCGUGGCAAUCAUUGAAUGCUACACACUUCGAACAGUUAACCGAAUUGCAGCACAUUUUUCAGCGAGAAAUACAAGUAAAGUUACCCAUUCACUCUCCUUGGCUGAUUAAAAAAGAUAGUUUGCAUUGCUAUAACUUUGAAAGUAUUCUGAAAGAAUCCAUCAAAAAUCCAUCAACCGAUAUUUUUAGAUGUCUCUUAGAGAAUAAAGAGGUAAUGAGUGUCUGUGAUGAAGUUAUAUUGCGAUUAGAAAAUUCAUUGCACGAUCGAAUAUCAGCAACACCAUCGAUGUGUAGUGAGUGUCUAGCAUCUAGGAAUCAGAAAUGUGAACAUGCAAGAAUCGGCAUACUAUUCUCUGGCGGAAUUGAUUGCACCAUAUUGGCAGUUUUAACAGACAAACUGUUAGAUGCAACGCAACCCAUUGAUUUGAUAAAUGUGUCAUUUCAAAAAAUUAAUAGAGCAAAAACAAAUGUACCAACCGAUUACAAAACCCCAGAUCGGCUAUCUGCAUACCAAUCCUUAGAAGAGUUGAAGCAAAUGAGUCCACAGCGAAAAUGGAAUCUUAUUGAGGUGGAUGUCACUCGUGACGAAUUGGAAGAAGCGUUGAAAAGUAGAAUACCUCAUUUGGUCUACCCAUUGAACACAGUGUUAGAUGAGUCUUUGGGUUGUGUUUUGUGGUUCGGUGCUCGAGGUCAGGGCAAAAUUGAUGGCGUUGACUAUACUUCGAAUUGCAGGGUGCUGUUGAUUGGAUCAGGAGCUGAUGAAUUGUUCGGUGGCUACACACGGCAUCGGAAUGCAUUUAUUCGUCAAUAUGAAGAUGAUCUAACGCCAUUUGAACGUCUUGAAAGAGAGUUAGAGUUUGAUUUUAAUCGUUUGCCGAAUCGAAAUUUAGCUAGAGAUGAUCGUGUGAUAGGUGAUCAUGGGGUGACAGCACGUUCACCUUAUCUCGAAGAGAAGCUUGUACACUUCAUUCGUGCACUUCGACCAUACCAAAAGUGUUAUCCCAUGCUAGAGCAAGGAGUGGGUGAUAAAUUACUGCUUCGGCUAUGUGGUUUCCGCUUAGGUCUCCGGGAAGUCGCUACUCUCAAAAAGAGAGCCAUGCAAUUUGGAUCUCGUGUAGCUGAUAGCAAACAAAAUGCAAAAGAUAUUUCCGAAUCUUUGGUGCAAAUUUUGAACAACUGAAUAAAAAUGCCAAACCUUAACGGUAUUUGUUCUAUUUA